CUCUCUCUUUCCACAACGUUCCAACGGGCAGAGCGGUAGGAAAAAUGAUCGCUCGCGUUCCAAUGGGGAAGCGCAGGGUCCCGGUGGAUCCCGGAUGCCGUCGGAGGUGCCUGUGCUGAGCUGAAGAUCCGAGGGCUUCUGCUUCGGGAGGCCCCGCGGGGGCAAAGCACGCGGGGUGGGGUGUCUCAAGGCUGCGGCAGCAAGCAACGGCAACGUAGACCCGGCGAAGAGCUGUGGAGGUUCCGGCAACAGCCACGACCGCACCGCCCCCGAGUUUGCAGCGUGUUUGGAAAAUGUGGCCGCGAGCAGCGGUUCUCCGGCAGCGGUAGCGUUGCAACGCUGUUUUCCCUCCUUUCUAUCGUCUCGCCCUGGCGGCUGGUGAAACAGCCCUUCGGUGCAAAGAUCUUCCUUUUAGACCCUUUUUUUCAUCUGCCUCCAGAGUUGACAAAUUGACUUCCUGAUGUCUGCGGAUCCCGAGCAGCAUCAAAACGGCUCUCUUGGAGGCUAAUUUUAUUAAUUAAUUUAUUUUAUUUUGCAUUUUGCUGGACGGACUGGAUACAUUUUUCCAACCUUUGAUGGUGGUUCUGCCCUUGCGAUUUAAAGUGCUUUUUUUAAGGGAAGGGUUUUUCCAUUCCUGGACGUUUCUCUUCCAGCUGAUUUGCUUUUAGCCGUAAGUCUGGCUUUGGACGGGCUGUGGGAAAUCAUGGGGCUACCUGCCUUGGAGUUUAGUGACUGCUGUUUGGACAGCCCCCAGUUCCGAGAAAGGCUAAAGUCUCACGAAGCUGAGCUGGACAAGACCAACAAGUUCAUCAAGGAGCUGAUCAAGGAUGGAAAGGCACUCAUUGUGGCCCUUAAAAAUUUGUCUUCAGCAAAACGGAAAUUUGCAGACUCCUUGAAUGAUUUCAAAUUUCAAUGUAUAGGCGAUGCAGAAACAGAUGAUGAAAUAUGUAUAGCAAAAUCCCUGCAAGAAUUUGCUACUGUUCUAAGGAACCUUGAAGAUGAGCGCAUACGAAUGAUUGAAAAUGCUAGUGAAGUCCUAAUCACACCUCUGGAGAAAUUUCGAAAAGAGCAAAUUGGUGCUGCUAAGGAAGCCAGGAAGAAGUAUGACAAGGAGACUGAGAAAUACUGUGGAAUAUUAGAAAAGCACUUAAAUCUGUCUUCCAAGAAGAAAGAAUCUCAGCUUCAAGAGGCAGACACCCAGGUGGACCUGGUCAGGCAGCACUUUUAUGAAGUUUCUCUUGAGUAUGUCUUCAAAGUACAAGAAGUUCAGGAGAGAAAGAUGUUUGAGUUUGUGGAACCACUGCUGGCAUUUCUGCAAGGGCUGUUCACAUUCUACCAUCAUGGUUAUGAGCUUGCAAAGGAUUUCAGUGAUUUCAAGACAGAGCUGACAAUCAGUAUACAAAAUACAAGAAACCGUUUUGAAGGCACCCGGUCAGAAGUUGAAUCCUUGAUGAAGAAAAUGAAGGAGAAUCCUCAUGAGCACAAAAACAUCAGCCCCUUCACCAUGGAGGGCUACCUUUAUGUUCAGGAAAAGCGUCAUUUUGGGACAUCCUGGGUAAAGCAUUACUGCACAUAUCAGAGUGAAUCCAAACGAAUAACGAUGGUGCCAUUUGACCAGAAGUCUGGUGGAAAGGGGGGAGAAGACGAAGCUGUUAUUCUCAAAUCUUGCACUCGACGGAAGACUGAUUCCAUAGAGAAGAGAUUCUGCUUUGAUGUAGAAGCUGUGGAUCGGCCAGGAGUGAUUACAAUGCAGGCACUUUCUGAAGAAGAUCGAAGGCUGUGGAUGGAAGCAAUGGAUGGCCGAGAACCAGUGUACAACUCAAAUAAGGACAACCAAAAUGAAGGCAUGGCCCAGUUGGAUAAUAUGGGUUUCAGCAUCGUCAAGAAAUGUAUCCAUGCCGUUGAAUCGAGAGGGAUCAACGAACAAGGACUCUACAGAAUAGUUGGGGUCAACUCCAGAGUUCAAAAACUAUUGAGUAUCUUAAUGGAUCCCAAAACUGCUGAGGCCGAAGAUGACAUCUGUGCAGAAUGGGAAGUUAAAACCAUCACCAGUGCACUGAAAACAUAUUUAAGAAUGCUCCCUGGGCCACUCAUGAUGUAUCAAUUUCAAAGAAGCUUCAUCAAAGCAGCAAAACUGGAGAAUCAAGAAUCCAGAAUUUCAGAGAUCCAUAGCUUAGUGCACAGACUUCCAGAGAAAAACAGACAGAUGCUCCAUUUACUCACGAAUCACUUGGCCAAUGUUGCUGAAAACCACAAACAGAAUCUUAUGACUGUCGCCAAUCUGGGAGUUGUUUUUGGACCAACGUUAAUGCGACCACAAGAAGAAACCGUUGCUGCAAUUAUGGACAUCAAGUUUCAAAAUAUUGUAGUUGAGAUUUUAAUAGAAAACCACGAAAAGAUAUUUAACACGGUGCCUGAUACUCUACAGUCAAAUUCUCAGUUGCUCUUAUCUCGGAAAAAAAGUACAGAUUCAAAGCCACCAUCCUGCAGUGAGAGGCCCUUAACACUUUUCCAUACACUGCAACACAAUGAAAAGCAGGAAAACAGAAACAGUAUAAUUAACUCCAGCCUAGAAUCGGUCAUAUCAUCAUCAAACAUCAACAGUUUGCUCCAGUCCAGUAAUGCUGUUCAGCCUAACAAGAACUCAACUGAAUCUAAUGCAGAAGUUAUCAAACCCAACCGGCCAAAUUCACUAGUCCCCCCUGCUCCAACAGAGGCCUCUGGAGAUACACCUACUUCACAUCAAACAUCUGGGGAAAUGGCAGCGUUGACAAGUGAUGCUGAGCUCAACAACCCUUGAAGUGGACUGCCUAGGAAUUGUACUGUGUCCAUAAAUGUUGAGUGCAUUACAUUCAGAGGAACUGUAAAAACAUGCAAAACAGUACACUUUCCCAUUUACAUGGUCAAGAAAAACAGAAAGCAGAAUAACAGAGUUGGAAGGGACCUUAGAGGUCUUCUAGUCCAACCCCCUGCUCAGGCAGGAAAUCCUACACCACUUCAGACAAAUCGUUAUCCAAUAUCUUCUUAAAAAUUUCCAGUGUUGGAGCAUUCACAACUUCUGGAGGCAAGUUGUUCCGCUGAUUAAUUGUUCUGUCAGGAAAUUUCUUCUUAGUUCUAAGCUGCUUCUCUCCUUGAUUAGUUUCCACCCAUUGCUUCUUUUCCUGCCUUAAGGUGCUUUGGAGAAUAGUUUGACUCCCUCUUCUUUGUGACACCCCCUGAGAUAUUGGAAGAGAACUCUAAAUUUUUACUAGCCCAUCCAGCAAAAAUGGUGCUACACCAAUAAAGAUAUAUUCUAGCUACUAUCACCUGAAAAAUAAAUGAGGGAAAAGUUAAAAACUGAUCUUUGCAUCAAAUUAGUUGAGCCUAUAUCAGGGGUGAAACCCAGCAGGUUCUGACAGGUUCUGAAGAACCGGUAGCGGAAAUUUUGAGUAAUUCGGAGAACCAGCAAAUACCACCUCUGGCUGGCCCUAGAGUGGGGUGGGAAUGGAGAUUUUGCAGUGUCCUUCCCCUGGAGUGGGGAGGGAAUGGAGAUUUUGCAGUAUCCUUCCCCCAGGAGUGGGGAGGGAAUGGGGAUUUUGCAGUAUCCUUUUCCUGCCACACCACGCCCACCAAGCCACGCCCACAGAACCGGUAGUAAAAAAAAAAUGGAUUUCACCACUGGUCUAUAUAUUCUUACUGAAAGAUGGGAAUGAAAGGCAAACAAAAAGUUGAAUAGAUGUCACCAUGCCAGCUUAGUUUGCUUCCCACAUCCCCUCAUCUUUGAUGUAAAUCCUGACAGGCUUUGUGACUAAGCUCUUAAUACAGAAACCUAUACCUUUUAAGGAUAUAAUUACCAGCUUUGCUUAUUAUAUGCUUUUACCUAAGACUGGGAUUUUUAUGUGAGUGUGUUCCCAAGCUUUUUGAUUGUGUCAAGGAAUUGAGAUCCAUUGCUGGAAAUUUUUAAGAAGAGAUUGAACAGCCAUUUGUCUGGAAUGGUGUAGGGUCUCCUGUUUGAGCAGGGGGUUGGACUAGAAGACCUCCAAGGUCCCUUCCAACUCUGCUAUUCUAUAUUUUACAUUGUCCAUUCUAAUCUUUUAAAUAAUAAUAAUAAAAAGAAUUAGCAAUACAACAAGAACUCAAGAACAUGUGUUUUUGGUAAAAAUAACAGACAAAAAUUGUAAUUGGGACUGAUGCACUGAAUGUCACCAAAACCAAACUAAACCAAACAAAUGGAGGAGGGUUGGAAUAAUAUAAUAAACCCCUCCCCCCAAUACAUAGCUUCGGGGUAGGUUUGUUUUAUUCUCCCUUCGAAACAUGAUUUCAUUUAUAAAAAUAUAACUACGGGUAUUGUUAAAAUGGUGGAGCAGCUAGUGUGCAGGGAGCAAUCCUCAAAGAUGAGGAUUGUACUAAAUCUUGUUCUGCUCAUGUCUAUGAAUCUUAGAUAAAAAGCUCUCAAGGUUGAAUUCUACCCAGGAUGCUUAAAUGGCAAGAUUGACAAUUUGAUUAUGGCUUAUUGGUUGAAGAUACAUCUGAAAACUCUUGAAAAACAGGCAUUUCUAGAAUACCGACCAUAACCAUGAAAAAUAUAUGAUCAUGAUUCUUGUCCAUUUCAGGCUAGUCAGACUGCAUUUGGAGUAUUGCAUCCAGCUCCUUUCUAGAAGGACAAUGACAAACUAGGAGAGCAACCAAGAUUAUGAGGGAUCAGAAAGAAAAAAGUAUAACAAAUGAUUGGCAGUAUUGAGUAUAUUUAGCCUGAAGAUGAGAAAACUAUGGGAAGACAGGAUAGCUGCCUUCAGUUAUCUGAAGGACUGUCAUAGGCAGAAUUGUUUAGAGGCGUUCCAGAAGAUUGGACAAGAAACAACAAAAUUAAAUUGUAAGAAAGUAGAUUUGUGCCAAAUAACCAGAAAAAAAUCUCUAUGGAGAUCUCAGUCAUCCAGGUCAUGGUUAUCCCAAAGCUGCUUAAUUUUUUUUUUUUUUUUUGCUUCUCAUCCAAGAAACUUCUUCAAAACCUGGAUGAGAAGUGAAAUGUCUUCAAGGGAAAAACGAAGUCCAGUUGCCUUUUGAAAAAAGCACCUAUGGGACAUGAAGAAAAAAUCUUAAUAGGAUCUAUUUGACAACAGGCUACCUUGGGGGUAUUGGAUUCUUUAAGUGGAAAAUUCAGAACCUUAAAGAGACACAAUUGCCUUCCGGCAAAGAUGCUGAAGGAGUUGAUUCUGGAUUGGAUGAUUUUCAAGAUCCUUUCCAAUUCUUAUAUUCUAUGAUUCUUUGAUGCAGUAUUAAUAACACAAGUGUUGUAGUUUUAUUGCUAUUUAGUUUUUAAUGAAUCAGGCAGAAGAUAGUUGCUUUUAGUGUUUGAUUAUAAUAAAAAUGAAAAUACAUAUCCUUAAGAAAUGAUCUCUCAGAUUCUCAAAUUAAAUAUAUUGCGUUGUAAGUUCUUUUCUUCAUUAUGAUGAUAUAUAUCAAGCAUUUGUCUGUGAAUUUAUUCCGAAGGGUGCUGAAUAUGGACCUAGUGUAUGAGAAAGUGAAGAAUUAAUACUGGAAAAUCUGUUGGAAUUCAUGUUUAGUUUUUAGAGUUGAAUCAAUGCAAUUUAAAUCAGUCAUAAUAUUAAUAUUAGUCAUAACAUUAACUUAAAUCUCACCUAUUUCAUUGAGGAAACCCUAACCUUCUGGUUGUGAGAAUGCCUAUGUGACUGCAAUAGGCUAAAGAUCCAGGUUGUAAAAAUCCAAAUGUCCACCAGGUAACAGAGUAAGAAUAAUUCUACCACUUUGCUGACACCUAGUGGUCAAUCGGGAUUUUUGCAGCCUGGAUCUGAUAAUUUAAAAGCUAACCCCUGGAUUUGGGGGUGAGGGGAAUCAUUACUGUGAAAUGCACAGCAUGCUUUACAAAUGAUAUUCGGGACUGUGAAAAUUGGAUAUGUAUAUAAUAAACUAUGAUACAUAUUAUGUAUAUGUUGCAUAAAUGAAUAAGUAAAUGUGGUUACAGUAUUGCUAUUUAUAAAAUAUACUUUAAUGAAACAAAUCUCAGGUUGAUAUAAUACAAUCAUCAAGUCCAUCUUCUUAAAUCAUUAUGUGUUAAUUGUAGAGCUCAAUGUUUCUGAAUUUCUCAUUUAAAUAUAUAGUAGAUUCCUUUAUAUGCUACAGUAUUAAAAUAACAUUUAAUUGGAGCGAAAAUAAAACCUUCUAAGUUCUUUCACUGUAUUAAAAAAAAAGGAAUGAAAAGCAAACUAUUUUGUUUAAAAAAAUCAAGGUUAUAAAAUAUUUUGGAAUGCAUGUAAACAACAAACUGGUAAAAUAAAGUAUCUAAUUUUAUAAA